AUGCAAGGAAUAUUGACCCGAAAAACGGACAAUAAUGACAGCACCGCAGAGCCCAGGGGUAUUGAUGACGGUGCUAGUAUCGCCGGUGGUGCGACCCUUCGUACUACUACCAGUAUCGUUUCACGAAGAGAUAUCAAUGAGAGGCCGCCACUGCUUAAGGGUCUUUCAGACGAAGAGAUCGAAGAACUUGAAAUUAAGCUCAAGCGCAGGAUUGAUCUUAGACUGCUUCCAAUGAUCAUUUUAAUAUAUAUCAUGAACUACCUAGACAGAAACAAUAUCCCUGCUGCUCAGGUUGCUGGUAUGGGGGAUGAAUUAGGCCUAACUUCCUCACAAUUCAAUACUGCCGUAUCGAUCCUUUUCGUAGGCUAUAUCUUAAUGCAGGUUCCUUCGAAUCUGUUUCUAGAUAAGAUUGGACGUCCAUCCAUAUACUUCACCGUCGUCAUGAUGGUUUGGGGGGCUAUUAGCGGCGCGACUGGCGCAGUCCAAAACUACUCCGGUCUUCUCGUCUGUCGGUUCUUCUUAGGUUUCAUCGAAGCUUCUUAUUUCCCGGGAUGUUUGUUCUAUUUAUCGAGUUGGUAUACUCGUAAAGAAUUAUCGUUGAGAACCGCAAUUUUAUAUUCGGGUAGCUUGAUAAGUGGUGCGGUGUCAGGGUUAAUUUCUGCUGGAAUAACGGACGGCCUGGAUGGUAAAGCAGGAAUUUCGGCGUGGAGAUGGCUCUUUAUUCUUGAGGGUUCUAUUACUGUGUUUAUCGCAUUCUUCAUCUGGAUUGUCAUCCCCGACUUCCCAAAAACGACAAAAUGGCUUUCCGAGCAGGAGCGGCAACUCGCCUGCUGGAGACUUGAACGAGACAUUGGAGAAGAGGAUUGGUCUGGGAGUGAAGCCCAGAAAGUUUUCCACGGCCUUAAACUCGCAUUCACGGAUAUCAAGAUGUAUAUCCUUAUGGUUCUCGUGACAUGCUGCGUCGCAUCGGGUUCUAUUACUAACUUUUUCCCGAUUGUCGUCCAAACACUUGGAUUCGGGAAAAUAGAGACCCUUCUCUUGACGACUCCACCAUAUAUACUCGCAACGAUCGUCGUGCUUGGUAAUGCCUGGCAUGCGGAUAAAAAGGGAGAGCGGUACUUCCAUAUCGUCAUCCCACUUGCUAUAUCGGUAGUAGCGUUUAUCCUGGCAGCUUCUACGUUGAAUAUUGCUGCACGUUAUGUCGCAAUGAUGCUUAUGCCAGCGAGUAUCUAUGGGGGGUACAUCUGUGCCCUCUCUUGGAUAUCUGCAACAUUGCCACGGCCGGUUACAAAGCGGGCUGCUGCCCUCGCAGCGAUUAAUGCGGUCUCCAAUGCAUCUUCAAUCUGGACGGCGUACAUGUACACUGAACCCUCGGCUCCGAGAUACGGCAAGUAA